AGGUCACGACCUCGGAAGUACGUCCUCCACUAGGGCGCGGCAGAAAUGGCCGCAGCGGCAGCAUCGCGAGUGACGUUGCUAUCCGCGGCGCGGCUGCGGCUCUGGGGUUUCUCCGAGAGACUUUUAGUCAGAGGUGCUGCUGGACGGUCCUUAUAUUUUGGAGGGAACAGAUUGAGAAGUACACAGGCUGCUACACAAGUUGUUCUGAAUGUUCCUGAAACACGAGUAACACGUUUGGAGAAUGGUCUCAGGGUGGCCUCUGAAGAUUCUGGGCUCUCAACAUGCACAGUUGGACUCUGGAUUGAUGCUGGAAGUCGAUAUGAAAAUGAGAAGAAUAAUGGAACAGCUCACUUUUUGGAGCAUAUGGCUUUCAAGGGCACCAAAAAGAGAUCUCAGUUAGAUUUGGAACUUGAAAUUGAAAACAUGGGUGCUCAUCUCAAUGCUUAUACCUCCAGAGAGCAGACUGUAUAUUAUGCCAAAGCAUUUUCUAAAGAUUUGCCAAGAGCUGUAGAAAUUCUUGCUGAUAUAAUACAAAAUAGCACAUUGGGAGAAGCAGAGAUUGAACGUGAACGUGGAGUAAUCCUUAGAGAGAUGCAGGAAGUUGAAACCAAUUUACAAGAAGUUGUUUUUGAUUAUCUUCAUGCCACAGCUUAUCAAAAUACUGCACUUGGACGGACAAUUUUGGGACCAACUGAAAAUAUCAAAUCUAUAAAUCGUAGAGAUUUAGUAGAUUAUAUAACCACACAUUAUAAGGGGCCAAGGAUUGUGCUUGCUGCUGCUGGAGGAGUUUCCCAUGAUGAACUGCUUGAGUUAGCAAAGUUUCAUUUUGGUGACACACUGUCCACACACAAAGGAGAAAUACCAGCUCUACCUCCCUGCAGAUUCACAGGAAGUGAGAUUCGAGUGAGAGAUGACAAGAUGCCUUUGGCACACCUUGCAAUAGCUGUUGAAGCUGUUGGUUGGGCACAUCCAGAUACAAUCUGUCUCAUGGUUGCAAACACACUGAUAGGCAACUGGGAUCGCUCUUUUGGAGGAGGAAUGAAUUUAUCUAGCAAGCUGGCCCAGCUCACCUGUCACAGCAAUCUCUGCCAUAGCUUCCAGUCUUUCAACACUUCCUACACAGAUACAGGAUUAUGGGGAAUCUAUAUGGUUUGUGAACCAGCCACUAUUGCAGACAUGCUCCAUGUUGUUCAGAAAGAAUGGAUACGACUCUGCACAAGUGUCACUGAAAGUGAGGUUGCACGAGCCAAAAACCUUCUGAAAACAAACAUGUUGUUACAACUCGAUGGUUCCACUCCAAUCUGUGAGGAUAUCGGCAGGCAAAUGUUAUGCUAUAACAGAAGAAUUCCCAUCCCUGAGCUUGAAGCAAGAGUUGAUGCUGUGAAUGCUGACACAAUCCGAGAAGUAUGUACCAAAUAUAUUUAUGAUAAGAGUCCAGCUGUUGCUGCUGUUGGUCCCAUUGAGCAACUACCAGAUUUUAACCAGAUUCGCAGUAACAUGUGCUGGCUUCGUGAUUAAAAUGCUCUUAAUAAAAGUAUUUUGAAUGUACAUAUUUAUAAAAUUUAA